UGAUCAGAGUUGGCAGCUCUGUGAUGCCUUCAUCCCUGUUAGCCGCCUGUCGGUAUUCCCACCUUGCGCCAAACUAGAGGCUUGUUUGAUUCGUUUUUCUUUUCACACUAAUGUGAACAAGCUUGAAGAAAUACUUUGGUACAGCCCCUAAAAUACUGGUUAUGCAGAGUUGUCAAGUUCAGUCAUGUUUUUAAGCUUUUCUUUUCUCCUUUGUUUUUUUUAACCGCCUAUCAUGAUGGCAUCUAGGGGCAGUCACCGGUCAGUGUUGUUUUGAAGUUAUGGGCAAAUUGAUGUCUGUCUUCACGUUAAGCGUAUGUGGUGUUUUGCUCCAUGCCACCUGCUGUAGGAAGUUAGGAGCCUCAAGCUAUUUUCAAAGUUGUGCAACAGCUUUUGGAAACAGACUUGCUUCUUUUUUGCCUGAGUGCAUCCUUCACACACAGCUUUUCAGAGAACGGCUGCAAGAUGGGGAAAUCAAAAUCGAGCAGACAGACCUGACAACUGAAGGUGAAAUCCUUCAUAUGCCCUGGGGGCAGGGUGUGUGCCUCAGAUAAGCGAAUUAAUCAGCUUUAAACCUAUGCUCCAUCUGGAACCUAAUGGUUAAGAACAGCUGCAAACUGACAGCUUCAUCAUUUGGAUGCACUUGUACCAACAAACUCGGAGGGAGAUUGUGGUGCCGAUUUGCUGCAGGUAUUGAGGAUGGUUUAUUUUUCUUAGCAAAUUAUUCCUCGACGAAAGGGAAUCUGCAGCUUGGAAAUGGGAACCUCACUCAUCCCUUCAUUCUAGCAUGUGUGCACAGCGUUUGCCAUUGGCGUCCAGUGCCUGUGGAGAGGAAGAACCAUGAGCCGCUCAAGAUACACGGGCAAGAUCAGGAAGCGCUUGGAGGAGGUCAAGAAUCAGUCAAUCCGGUUGACAAAAGCAGAUUUCAGCCACAACGAGAGUGUGAGAUUAGCCACUGACGCUCUCUUGGAUGGUGGGACUGAAGCAUAUCUCAAAACCUUGAGCGAAGAAGGGGAGGUGGAUUUUCUAUCUUCUGUGGAAGCUCAGUACAUUGAGAAACAUGCCAGGGAGCCAUACUACGCUAACGAAUCUCACACAGAUGGUGAAGUUGGGCCAAGACAGAAUGAUGCUGGCUCUCUCCCAUCAGGAACCUACUUCCCUAUGAUCUCUGAGAGCAGUGAGCCAGCCCUGCUUCAGCCAUGGGUUACAGCCGAGAAGCCCUAUCUCAAGGAGAAAUCCAGCGCCACUGUGUACUUCCAGACAGACAAGAACAGCAACAUCAGAGACAUCAUACGCCGCUGCAUCACCAAGACAAGUCAGGUACUGGCUAUCGUGAUGGAUAUUUUCACUGACACCGAGAUAUUCUGUGAUGUGCUAGAGGCUGCUCACAAACGAAGUGUUUUUGUCUUCCUGUUGCUUGAUCACAACAAUAUAAAGCUCUUCACUGAGAUGUGUGACAAAGUGCAGAUUACUGAGGAUCACUUAAAGAAUAUUUCAGUCCGAAGUGUUACCGGAGAGAUUUAUUGCGCCAAAUCAGGCAGGAAAUUCUCAGGGCAAAUCCAAGAAAAAUUCAUUAUAUCUGACUGGAGAUAUGUUCUCUCUGGAUCGUACAGCUUCACAUGGUUGUGCGGCCAGGUUCACCGAAACUUCCUCUCCAAGUUCACUGGUCAAGUUGUUGAGCUCUUUGAUGAAGAGUUUCGACACCUUUACACUUUGUCUAAGCCAGUGAUGGGGCUGAGAUCUGCGACUCAUACACUGCCCUUCGUGCUGAACAAGAGCUGCACCACUCAACGUAGCCUCACUGACAGCAGCGACCGGGGAAGUGCCCACACUCCUUCAGAUCCUUUCAGCAGCUUGUCAGCCUCCAGCACACGUCAGACCAAAGAACCCCUGAAAACUCCUGUAUUCAGCAGCAACUCAACAUCACAAUCCCCAAUACACAGAGUUAACUCUUUCCAUGGCUACACAUCUUUUAUGUCACCACCACCACCACGCAAGACCAUCCAGGCUAACUACUACCCAUGGCAUUAUGUCAUGGAUACCCCAGCAGUCCUUUAUAACAAUGCUAACAUCUACAGACCUGUAAGACUCAGACAGGAGGAUGCAAACAGGUCACGGUUAAAUUCAGUUUGGAGAAGCAUUCAUAAAACUAACCUGAUUACAUAAUAACCAUCAUCUUUUGUAUUGCCAGCAAAUGUACUGAAGAGUGAAGACCUAUUUUAGCAACAGCUUGUGUAAUGAACACUUUCAUAUAAAAUGUACAUAGAACACAAACCAAGGAUAAUUUCAUGACUGCUUUUCUCUUGUUUCAGAUGUUCAGUUCAAAUGGAUAAUGAUGUAUGGCUCAAAGUAAAAAAACGCCAAGUCUGCUAGCACUUAAGCCUUGCAUGCAUAAUGAUCCUGUUUAGGAACAAAUCUAGCAAUGUUGUUUAAGCAUGUCAGUCACAAUCAUCUGCCCUUGGAUAAUGGUUUCAUGGAUCAAUGGGUUUAGGUGGUUGUGUUUUUCACAUUGUAAGCCCACUGGAAGUGGAUUAAAUCAUGGUU